GGACGUUCAGGAAACGCGAAUGUAACAGUGAAGUUUAAUGGAUGUGUAAUGGCGGUGGACAAGUGCUCGUAGGCGAUGCUGUUUGAUGUUGAUGGUGCUUGGAUAGAGUGAAGCGACAACAUGUGGCAUGAAGCUCGCAGGCAGGAGAAGAAGAUCCGAGGCCUUAUGGUCGACUACAAGAAGAGGGCAGAGAGAAGAAGGGAAUUCUAUGAGAAAAUUAAACUAGAUCCCACCCAGUUUUUGAGGGUCUAUGGAAGGCCAUACAAGAUUCACCUGGACCAGGCUGUGGCCAUGGCGGCCGAGAGUCCACAGAGCAUGAUGCCCUGGCAAGGUAACCGUGACAACAUGAUUGACAGGUUUGAUGUUCGAGCUCACCUUGAUACAAUACCUGAGAUCAAGAAAACAGAACCAAUUACACUGAAUCGUGGCGAGGACAAUGAGGAGAGGCAGGCCAACUAUGAGAGGUACAGAACCCUGGUGGAGAGCGAGUCAGCAGGAUUGACAGAGGAACAGGCUCUACACCAGAUCUACAUUGAUGAGCAGUUUGGACCUCCAGACAGAACAGCGGAGGAGGAGAAGAAGAAAUUGGUAGACAAGAAGGCAGCCAUUGGCUACACGUACGAGGACAGCACGGCAGCGGGUGAUGAGGAUGAAGAUGAAGAUGGAGAGGAGAGCGAUGAAAGCAGUGACACCGAUGUUGAAACAGCCGAUUUAGACGUGACGCUGGAUGUGGAUGAGCUGACAGUGGAGCAGAUGGUUCUCAUCAACCAGUGUGCCGAGGCGUACGGCAUGAAGCAGGACGACUUCAUCAGAUUGCUGAGGAAAGACAAGGAAGAACUGGAGGCACUGAGACAGGCUAAACUGCUGGAAGAAGAGAAGGCCCAGUUUGCUGGUCGAAAGUCUCGAAGAGAACGACGAGCGUUUAAAGACAAGCGUUUGCAGGGAAGGAGAGUAAGCCCACCAAGCUAUGCUGCAAGAGACAGUCCCAAGUAUGAACCAUACAGGAGGUCCUCAUCAUCUUCAAAGUCAAGGUCAAGGUCACCUGAGAAUGUUGGGAAGGUCAUGUUUAUCACAUGUUUCGGGGACGACAGUGACCACGAGGGGAAGAACAUUGUCGUGGGACCAUCACUGCCGACUAAUCACCAGCACCAAUCUCGGACUCAUAGUGACAAAUCUGAUUCAAAGAGACAACCAUGCUCAAAGAAAUCUUCCUCAAGAAAACAUCGAUCACGUACCCGAUCAAGAUCGCGGUCAAGGUCAAGAUCAAGGUCAUGGAAUCGUAACAAUAGAAGGCGACGCACUCCUUCAAGGUCACCUUCAUACUCAAGGUCACGGAGGUAUUCAAGAGAAAGACGACCAUUGUCAAGAGACCGUAAAUCCUACCCUCGUUCAUCACCCAGACGAUACAUGGAUAGAAGGAGAUAUGGAGAAAGGUACAGACCGAGAUCUAGGUCUAGGUCAAGGUCAAGGUCACCAAGAAGGCGAUCUAGGUCAACUUCAAAGUCUUCAGCAAGAUCUCGGAGUUCUCGGUCAAGUUCUCUGUCAAGCUCUAGCUCAAGAUCCCGUUCCAGAUCCAAGUCAAAGAGCAGGUCAAGGUCCAAAUCACGUUCACGGUCAAGGUCAAGGUCAAGGUCUCCUGCCAGAGUUGUCCCAGUGACGCAGCCUGUGAAAAGAUACCGCCGCAAGAGUCUGUCAUCAAAUGAGAGUAAAUCUGACGAUGAAGAUGACAAUGACAAGAGAAGCAGCACCAGCUAUGGCCAUAACAGACCGACCCAGCCGAUCGUUUUCUCUAAGAGUGCUGUUUUUAACCAAAUGAAGCUGACCCCUCAGGAGCGACUCAAACGCAAGAUGCAAGCUCAGCUCAACAAGCAAUACAAGGCAGACAAAAAGGCUGAGACGAUGCGGAUAUCUAAAGUGGAACAAGAAAGAAUGGACAGGGAAGAAGACCUGCGUUCUCGUGCGAUGGAGAUGCGGCGCCGUGAACGAGAGAAGAGACACAAAGAGAUGGAGGAGAGGGAACGGAACGCCACAUACAACAGUGACAGCGACAGCAGCCGAAGUCCUAGCAGAUCGCCACGGCGUUCAAGGAGAGAUAGGUCACUGACUCGAUCCAGAUCACGCUCAAUAUCAAGGUCAAGGUCAAGGUCGAGGUCAAGGUCAAUGUCCCCUGCUCGUGGAUUGGUUUCCUACUGAAUAAAGAAGCUCGGGGGAAACAACAGUUUACGCACAACGAGCAGUGACAAUAUUCACAACUGCAGAAUGGGCACAUUGUGAUGUUUUGAGGUCUAAAUCCAAUGACAGCAGGCAUAUACAUACAGCCCAACUUAUUUCAGUUGUGUCCAUUGUUUGUACACGGGCAAGCACUGUGUGGGGAACACACACACCAGGUGCAAGUGGUGUUGCCCUGCUGACACUGGCUGUAUGGUAAGGUGUAUAUAUUUAUAUUACCUGAAUAAUACCAGUGGUUCUCCACGGCUUUCCUGAACGUAUUAGCUUGCUAAUCCAAAUAAUUGGCUUUGUGUGCAGAAAGAGCUGUGUUGUCAAUAUUCUACAAGUCAAGAGAGGCUGCAUUUAACCUCUGACGGAAAUAGGGUUAUUUUGUUUAGUGAAGUGCAGUUUUUAUAAUUGUAUUUCUAAAAAUAAAUUGCAUGGCAUUAUGUUUAUUAGGGGAGGGGGAUUUUGUUUUUUUUAGGGAUGUAACUUUGCGUCCGAUAUCAGUUUUGAGUCAUUCAAUAAACCAAUAAAUAUUUAUGGUUUGAUAUGGUAUAUAUCAUAUGAUGAAAAUGUGAUUGACAGAUACCAAAUGGAAUAUGUUUUAUGUCAAUCAUACCUUUUUUAUUUUAUGUCAAUUUUGCUGUAAAUCAGCUGUUCUUUCAUCUUGGGACCAUCUUAUAAUUUUUUUUCUCCAAAUUUCGUCCCAUCCAUAUGGUUUUUCAUCUGAGAAUGAGUAUGAACUUACCAGUGUGAGUUCCUCUGAGACUGGUCAGAAACCUAGUGCUUCCUUGUCAUCCUCUGAGAUUCUGGUUGUACACAAGCCUGUUUAGCAAGGGAAAAAUAUGGCAGUGUACCGAAACCUGCUCAAACUGUAUAGGAAACAGUGUAUUUCAUGGUGCCAUUGAACUGCAGUGAUGUAAAUGUUAUACCGUUAUUGUUUAGAGGUGAGCAAACAUCUUCUACCAUUUGUGAAUUGUCUACCUUAGAAGAUUUCAUAUUUAUUGUUCAUCAUUCACAGAGCUCUUGUUUCACAAAGUGUUUGCAGUGAUGUGAGUCAUUACCCUGGUAGGUUAAUAUAGACUUACGGCUGUCAUACAACUGACCCUGAAACUGACACGUGUUUGUCAUGACACCGAACCUCACUGAUGGCUAUCAUGGCAGCCCAGGCCACAGGCUUCCCUAAAAAAAUGGCAGAAAGAUUUGGAAAUGAAAGUCCAGUUGGAGAUGAAAGCCCAUGCAUUUUAUCUUGUGAUAUAUAUAUAUGCAUAGAUAAUUAAAUAUGCACGGUUGGCACAUACACAGCAUAUGCAAAAAACACUAAACUGCUGGAGAAAGAGAUCAUCUGAACCAUCAGCAGCAUCAGCAGCAUCUAUGACCUGAUGCACAGGUUGUUUAGUUUGAUGCUAGGAUGACUCAGCAAUCAGCUUACUGUAUUCAUGUAUUUGUUAUCAUGAAAGUUCAAAUUAUAUUGUUGGGAUGACUGUUAAAUGCAAACCUUCACCCUAGUGUUAUAUUGCUCUCACAGCAGAAAGAUGAUGCAACAAGGACAGACAAUUCUUUGUCACUGUUUGUGAAUAUUUAAAUCAGCUGAAGUGUUGCCAUAAAUUGUUUAAAUCCUGGCUGUAUCAGCCAUUAUCUUAUAAGUUGUAGCAGGAUCACGAGGGGUACGUUUUAUGCAUCCCGUGUUAGGUUUUAUACAAGCCGGAACUAACGAGGGAUGCAUAAAUCCCAUGUACCCCUCGUGAUCCUCCAACAAACUUAUCUUACUGAUAACUUCUUUUGGGUAUUAUAUACUGAUGUUUGUAAUGCUGUGUUUGAAGCAAGUUUGUUGAGAACAAUGUCCUUAUGUUAUUAAACAUCCCUAUUGAGUGCUUUCUGGAACAGGGGGCCAAGUGUGUUGAUGAAUGUGUCGGAACUGGCAUGCUGCUUACAUUAGUGAGUGAGUAUGGUUUUACGCCGCUUUUAGCAAUAUUCCAGCAAUAUCAUGGCGGGGGACACCAGAAAUGGGCUUCACACAUUGUACCCAUGUCGGGAAUUGAACCUGGGUCUUCAGCGUGACGAGCGAACGCUUUAACCACUAGGCUACCCGACCGCCCCUGCUUACAUUAAGCUUGGUCUUUUGAAAUGAAGAGAAACAUUGGGUUUUUUUACCUUUUGUAAAUGCAGUUUUGCAUGGUUAUUUUAGUAGUUUGCUUGAGGCUUUCAUGUCAGGUGAAUUCUGGUUUGCUGAGUAUUGUGUCAUGAAACUAUGUAUAAUUAUGCCAUGAACUGAAAAUGACUUAUCUGAGCUUUGUUGUGCUUUGGUCUAUUCUUGGUUAAAACUGUCUCAACUGUUUCAUUAACGUCAGUAUCAGAGUAGAACAUUUUGAAAUGAAAAAUACUUGUUAUACACUACUCAACAUUUGCUUAGGAUCAAAAGUCUUUAUUCAAAGGUUUGGUCCUUGACAAAUAAUGAGUAGUAUGUAUUCAAAAUCAUAUGCUAAUCUUUGUUGGAGGUGAACUUUUUUCCUGAUUAAUAGACCAUGAAAUGGCAGUUCAUAUUUUAUUUAGUGUGGUGAGAAUAUGUAGACAGUAGCAUUAAUUAUACCUGAAUUGUCAUACUUCAUCUCCAGCAGUGUGCAGUAGUCACAGGUAUUGGUGGAGUGGUAGCAUUCCGUGACCACCAUGUUAUCUCUACCUCCCUGAUAAGUGUCUGCAGGCUCUGAACACAUCCAUGUCACACACCCUGCUGCUGAAUGUGUAGAGAGUCUGUGUGUGUCUAUGAUUGAACAAGUGUGCACCACUCUCACAACUACUGCUGUGGUCUUGUCUGAUGAUAAUAAACUGUCUUGCUUAACA